AUGUUCUGGCCAAUAUUCUCCAUUCUGGUUGUUUCGGCAGUUUCCUUCCCAUUCCUGGAAUCAUUAUCAUUUCAAGGACUUGCUGAGCCUACAACCUUAACAACUACUGACCCUACAACCUUAACAACUACUCAGCCUACAACUUUAACAACUACUGACCCUACGACCAUAACAACUACUCAGCCUACAACCUUAACAACUACUGACCCUACGACCAUAACAACUACUCAGCCUACAACCUUAACAACUACUGACCCUACAACCGUUACAACUACUUUGCCUACAACCGUUACAACUACUGAGCUUACAACCGUUUCAACUACUUUGCCUACAACCGUUACAACUACUGAGCCUACAACCGUUUCAACUACUUUGCCUACAACCGUUACAACUACUGAGCCUACAACCGUUACAACUACUGAGCUUACAACCGUUACAACUACUGAGCCUACAACCGUUACAACUACUUUGCCUACAACCGUUACAACUACUGAGCCUACAACCACAACCGAACCAUCCACAACAACUGUAACAACUACUGCGCCUACAACCACAACCGAACCAUUCACUACAACUGUAACAACUACUGCGCCUACAACCACAACCGAACCAUCCACUAUAACUGUAGCAACUACUGAGCCUACAACCAUAACAACUACUGAGCCUACAACCCCACCAUCCACAGCACCUCAAGGAACUCCUAGCCUUCCAGCCACCACCGUCACAGCUCCCUCAAUUCCAAGCACGACUGUCUCGCCAACAACUCAACCCUCAGUAUCUCAAUCCACAGAAGGAUCGCCAAAACCCUCUACUGGAGCACCAGCAACGUCAACCCCCGCAGAAUCAACCACCACAAAAUUAUCUACCUUUCCUCCGGCAGUUAAACCUAUUGAUGAAAACUGUUCGAAUAUUCUGAAGGGGAGCGGAACUACUGCAGAAACACAAGAAUCAGCACGAGUUAUUGACGCAGUUUUUUAUUCGAUCACUACGGAUAAUUGGUCGAAUCAAAAAAAAUGUACUUAUCUCAACCUAACAAUCUUGGUAAAAAAAGCAUUGAAGAUAACCAAACAAGUAUGCGGAGAAGAUACCGCUAAACGAUUUGUUGAGAAAUUGAACACCGCAAGAAAGUCUAGCAACUGCGAUCAACUUUUUGAAGAACCUUUUGAAUAUUCGUUGGAAAACUUGGAUUGA